AUGGCAGGGGGAAGCAAAAAACCAGUCAACAUCUUCCGCCUGAAGAAUCUCGGUGAGCCACAGGAGGUGUUCAACUGGCGUCUGUGGUUUGCCGUGCUCUCAUUCGGUCUAAUGGGCGCUGCACGAGGUGUCGACGAGGGCUUGAUCUCAGGCGCUUUCGACUCGACUGACUUCCAGCGGUACAUCAACUACGAGUCUUACAGCAAGGUCGAACAGACCAACAUCAAGGGUAAUGUGUCUGCGAUGGUGCAGAUUGGAUCGGUCGGAGGUGCUCUCUUUGCCUUCUUAGUCUGUGACCGCAUCGGCCGAAUCUGGGCCACACGCCAGCUGUGUCUAUUGUGGAUUCUGGGCAUUGCCAUCUUCAUGGGCAACAACGGGAAUCUGGGCGCUGUGUACGCCGGUCGUUUCGUGGCCGGACUAGGGGUUGGGCAGACGGUUGUUGUCGCGCCUAUCUAUCUGGCAGAGAUUGCCCCCGCUUCUAUCCGUGGUCUGUGUACCUGUGUCUUUACGGGCUUUGUCUAUUUGGGAAUUGUGCUGGCUUAUUUCGCGAAUUAUGGUUGCGAGAAGAACAUGGGAGACAACACACACAACCGAUGGGAGGUCCCGACCAGUUUGCAUAUCAUCUUUGCUGGCCUGGUAUUCCUACUCUCUUUCCUCCAGGAUGAGUCGCCCCGAUAUCUGGUCAAGAAAGGCAAGCUGGACAAGGCCAUCGCCAAUCUAGCUCGGAUCCGCAAUCUGCCUCCAGACCAUGAGUAUGUCGUCCGCGAAAUCAAUGCGAUUCAGACAUCGCAUCAGAUGGAGAUGGAGGCCACAAUGGGAUCGGGUCCAUGGGGCGUGAUCAAGGAGGCGUUCCUGAUUCCGUCUAAUCUGUAUCGCAUCUAUCUUGCUUCGAUGACACAAAUUUUGUCCCAGUGGUCGGGUGCAGGUAGCAUUACCAUCUACGCCCCGGACCUCUUCGAUUUGCUCGGGAUCACUGGGUCGAACGAGAACCUUCUGGUCACAGCCAUCUUCGGUAUCAUCAAACUUCUCGCCGCCAUUGCAUGCGCCUUGUUUCUAGUGGAUGUCAUUGGUCGCAAGCGGGCACUGCUUCUCGGUAUCGCAUUGCAAGCAAUCGCAAUGAUCUAUGUCGCGAGCUUCCUAUCAGCGGUGCCCGAAAUCGGGGUCGUGAAGGAUUUCAAGAUUCCUGACAGUCAGAAAGGUGCCAGCAAAGGCGCGAUAGCCAUGAUCUACAUCUCGGGCUUCGGUUGGGCUCUCGGGUGGAACUCGAUGCAGUAUCUCCUCACAGCUGAGCUAUUUCCUCUCCGGAUUCGGGCGCUGGCCACGUCGCUCGCCAUGACGCUGCACUUUGCAAACCAGUACGGCAAUGCACGAGCAGUCCCUAACAUGCUGCUCCCCAUUUCCAGCGGCGGCAUCACCCCCAAGGGCACCUUCUGGUUAUUUUCAGUUGUCACUGUUAUUGGGGGCUUGUGGGUGUGGUUCAGUGUCCCCGAAACGGCCGGUCGGUCCCUUGAGAGCAUGGAUCGGCUCUUCGCCCUGCCUUGGUUCCAGAUCGGCCGCUAUGGGAACCAAGAUGCGGAGGUGCGCGACCAGGCCGUCGAUGAGAAGAUGGACAUGAUGGCAGAGAGCCGCGGAACCGCUCAUCAUGUCGAGAAGCAGGGUGUCACAGCGGAUGUCUGA